AUGACGUUGUCAUAUAAAAAAUUGAAUAAAGAAAAUGAAAACUUUUUAAAAAAAGUAGAUAAGAAAAAUAUAAUAAAUAAUUAUAAAUAUAAUAAAAGAAAAAAAAAAAAAGAGAAUGAUACUACAACUAUAAUUUAUCCUAAUUAUGUAAAAUUGUUUUUUAUACCUGAUGAAAGGAUAUUAAAUUUUGUAGAUCAUUUUAUUGAAAUAUUAUUUAAUGAGAAUACAUAUAUAAAUACAAUAGAAAAAAUGAUAUCAAAGAAAAAAUGCAUUAUUAAAAACUUAAUAGAAUCACAAAAAAAAUUCUUCAAAUCCAAAAUGCUCACAAACCCAAUAUUUAAUUAUAACAUGGCUGAUGAUGAAGUAGAUAAUAUUUUUAAUAAAUGUAGUGGAGAUAAAAUUGAUUUUAAUUUAUUUUACGAAGCACGAAGAAUAAUUCAGAUAGCCAAAGAAAAAUUUAAAACAUAUGAUAAUUAUGAAAAGUCUGUUUUUUAUAAUGAGUUGGUAACAAAAUAUGAAUUUAAAAAUUACAUAAUAAAAUAUCUGCAGAACAGUGGAAUAAAAGUGAAAGUUAAAAUAGAAUUUAAGGAACAUAUAUUAUCAGCAGUUCAAGUUUUUAAAAAAGGAAGUACUUAUUUCAUACAAUUACAAAAUCAGGACAUUCAAAAAAAAUUAAUGAAAUCUUUAUGCGAUCAUGAAAUAGGGACACAUUUAUUAAGAAUGAUUAAUCACCAGAAUAAUAAUUUAGAAAAAUAUAAAAUUAAUUCAUGCUAUUCAACUGAAGAAGGUUUAGCUGUUAUUAAUUCAAUGUACACUUUAAGAAAAAAUUAUUUAUUACUGGUUACACCAGCUUUAAAAUAUUUAGCUGUUUGUUUAGGUCACUUUUAUAGCUUUUCUAAAUUAUAUAUUUUUUUAAACGAUUUUGUAAAAGAUUCUGAUAAAUGCUUCAAAAUGUGUGCACGAGUUAAAAGAGGAUUAAGAGAUACUUCAUUACCAGGUAGCGUAUAUCACGAUCAGCUAUAUUUUAUCGGUUCAUACAGUAUAUUAAAAUGGCAUAAAAGUAUUGAUUUUCCCUUAUUAUAUUCAGGUAAUAUUGGAUUAAAACAUUUAAAUGAUAUUACUAAUCAUGUUGAUACACAAAAAAAUUUGCUUCCAUCAUUUAUGAUUAAUAAAAAAAAGUUAAAUAUUUAUUUAAAAUUUUUAGAAAAAGUAUCUUGUAUAAAUGGUAUUACACCUGAGAAAUGCAAUUUUAUCCAAGAAAAAAAAAAAAAAAACAUUUUAGUAAAUACAUAA